UUUUCACCUGCUUCAGAACAGGUUUAGAGCAUCUGACGAGUGAUCUGUAUGACGGAAUUAGCAUAACAGAGAUGUGGUCUGAGUAGCCAAAUUGGGGUGGGGCUCCGCACGUUACACACUGUUAAUGUUUGUGUAAACAAGAUCCACCAAGAUGGGAGAGCUGACUGACUAGGUUUUGUUUUUAGCCUAGCACGGACACCCGCCCACUUACCGCGUCCUUGAACACCGCUUUCGGCGUCCCCUAUCCUGGUCCCUGGUAUCAGGCGAAGCCAAGUAUUGGAGCAAGGAGAGGUUGCAAAGCCUUUACAACAGAUCAUCGUGCAGAAAUGGCACGGAGCAGUCCGAGACUGGUGACAAACAGGCAUAAUCCUGCUCGCCCCAAAAUUCCAAACAUCUAUAAGGAGACCCCUGUCAGGAUCUUCAAGAAAAGGAAGAGGAAGCCCAAAAGUCCACACAAACCCUUCAUAAAGGAGGAAGUCUGUCACAAUGUAACUAAUGAAUUCAGCAUGAGUGAUUCCCAGAGCCUGGAUACAAGGGCAGUCACACUGGCAUCUGAUAAACCUCAUCAGCAGGCUUUCCUUCUCAGCAGAUACUGUGCAAUUGUGAUGAAGAUGAUUCCUCUCACCCUCUUCCUCCUGUUGGGUAUUGUUUUCUCUUUAGGCUACAUGUGUGUUAAUAAAUACAUGUCUCGGCAUGAAGAGCACUCCCUGCAGCACACACUGCAGAUUUAUGACAUUUUAUUAAAAGAGAUUGACUCAAUGAAAGAGAUCAUAAAACAUUACAGGCUUGAAAAUGAGGAUACAGUACACAGAGCUCUGAGUCUUCGAAGAGCUGAUGAUAUUGGAAUGGCUGACUAUGCGCUGGAGUCUUUAGGUGCAACUGUGCUAACCAGUUCAAAGUCCCAUAAUAUCAGAUACUGCAGUCUGUUCGGAAUCAAUUUGCGGUGCAAGAAUAAAGGCCCUGAAACUGUUUUACGGCCGGAUGUAUACCCCGGUAACUGUUGGGGAUUUAGAGGGUCUGAAGGGCACCUGGUCAUCUCUCUGCCCUACCCUAUAAGAAUCACCCACGUUACGAUGCAGCAUCUGCCCCGAGUACUCUCUCCCAGCCAACAAAUCAAAAGCGCACCCAAAGACUUCGCAGUUUACGGACUGGAGGGAAACAGAAAUGAAGCAGAACAUCUUGGAACAUUCACCUAUGACCAGGAUGGAGAACCGAUCCAGACCUUCAAACUACCGGACUGUCCGAGUCGGCUGUUUCAGCUGGUGGAGCUGAAGAUCUUAAGUAAUUGGGGUCAUCCUGACUACACUUGUGUGUAUCGCUUCAGGAUCCACAGCCAGCCAAGCUGCAAGUAAAUGAAACUGAGCAGCAAAGUCAACUUACAAAUAAACCAACAAAAAAUAAAUAAAAUUAUCCUUGUUUAA